GACAGCAUCAGCCAUGAGCUGCGUAGAAUGUAAAUGACAGUCGACGUAUCACUUCCAGCUUUGUCCUCUCACCCGCUGUCCACCGAUCUUCAUGGCUGACGAAGAUGAGGCGACUGCUCGACGCCGUCCGUGGCACUCAGUGUAUCUUGUCCUUGGGCAGGAAUUGCCCUUCGACUUAGUCUUCGAGGACUUGAGGCCUCAGGUCCUUCAAACCUGCCUGGAUGUGCUGGGAAGAAGCUUUCUUCGAAGUUGGCCUGGUGGGCCACAGGAGAUGGAAGAUUCCUUACGGAGAGGUGUGGAGGAAUCUGGGGCUGGGCCUGUGGCACAUGGUCUUCGACGUAGUCAAGCACAGGAACUCUCAGGGCGGCUGGCUCCAUUCGUCGCCACGCAGGUUUCGGUGAACAGGGCUGCAGCAGAGGCAACAGUGAGGGAAAGUGCACAGCCAAUGCGAAGCUCUUUGAUCGCGACGUUGGUCUCUGCGGGUGAUGGCGAGGAGAUUGAAGUGGUAUCACCGCAGGCAAGGGAGAAGGAAAGUGCUGGCAUGGCCGAGGGCUGUGUGGUGCGGAUCGUGGAGGAGUUGGAUCGCGCCAAGGAGUUGCAGGGUUCCCACUGGGCCGAGGCUAUGACCCAAAGCUUGGGCGAAGUCGCCUCGUUGGUGGCGAUCCGCGGGCCUUCCGUGGGCGACGUGGUUUGUCCUGCAAUUUCUCACAGGAGUCAGACCUGGAACCUGCGAUGCUUGCAGCCGGAUCCCUCAGAGGCCUUAUACUGCUUAGACCUCCAUGAUCACCCGCUGCUUUGGUGUGGCAGCUUUCCCAAUUGCCACACCUGUGAUGCAGACUGCGACCGCCGCAGGAUAUGGGAGGGCUACAGGUGCCCCAAAUGCGACUUCGAUGUCUGUCGGGAAUGUGCCAAAGCCUAUGAGUCUGGCGUGGUGCGAAGCAGGCGGCACCUUGCUCCGCUGGGCACGGCGGUGCUUCCUCGGGGCCUCAAAAGCAGUCGCCGUAGCUGUGCCGGGGAGCUGCUGCCAGGUGGAUGCCGCACGGCCGAUGGAGAUGCCACUGCUACCGGGGCCUGUGGGUCGGGGAAGUUUUUUAUUUGUGAUGCUUGCCGGAACUUUGACCAGCUUGGGGAGAUAACGGCGGAGACCAGGUGUCGGGACCUGGAAGACUUGCGGAAUUCAACCGAACGAAUUGCAGUCAGCUUGAGCCUUCACCCCAGCGAGAUUUUUGCCCUGGCGGAGAAUGGCUUUUUCACCAAGUUGGCCGCCCACCUCGUCGCACCAGCUGUGCGAACACUGGUGCUGGAUUUGGGUGAUUGGCUUUCUUCUGCUCUGAAUCAGGUACCAUCCGGGCCAGUUCUGGUUGAGGUCGAUGGUGUGUGGAGCGAGAGCCAUGUGUAUGCAACCGAGCCAAGCUCGAGGUGCGUACCAAAGGAGUCUGAAGAGAACAAAAGCGAGGAGCCGGAGAUAGAAGAGCCACAAGAGUGCUGGGUGGCUGUCCAGGAUGAACGUGGGACUGCCAACACAAUGUUGAAAGUGCCACUGUCGAGCAUUCGUCCAGCCUUUGUCUCGCAUGGCCGCAGUCAGUCGCCAUCCAAGAACAGUUGAGAAAAGCUUCUUACCUCCAUGCCAAACAUGUCCCAGAAGGCCUUCAGUAACAAGGGACGCCACUAGGAGCAAAGGGCAUCGCUACUAGGAG